AUGUCGCCUAGUAAUAGUGGCUCGACCAUUGGGCAGGCUGCCAUGAGUUUAAUUUGUUGUCCGCCUCAGCCUGGAGACGAGUCGUAUGAAACAUUUAUACAGGUUUGUAACGACGAUCUGGAUACAGAUUUCACUCCCGAAUCAAUUGGCGUCGCAUCGUUUAUCCAUAGCGAUUGUUACCAUUUACUUUUGUAUGUCCUUGACAUGGAGAUUCUUACUGAAGAAAGCAUUAACCCGGCGUUCAAGAGAGUGAACUAUAGAGUACGAGGAUGGCUGGAAAGUCGUUCAUAUGAAAUUCAACAAGAGCUUAAACACGGAGCGAAGAAGCCAUUUUCCGAAGUUCUAUUACACUAUGGAAAUCCACAGGGAAUGGGACAACCACCUAUUACUUUUUUUAGACAGGUUUUGGCACUUCUUUUGUGUCCUGACCUUCAAAAUGAUGACCGUUUUCCACAAGAUGCCAAAAGAAGGGCGAAAAGAAUUCUUGAUGACAUGAUAGGACAGACUAUAGGUAGUUACACUUCAACUCAGGGGAUCACUGUCGUACGUGAAGACAUCGCCAAUUUCAUCUCUCAGAGAGAUGGCCAUCCAGCAGUAUCCAGUGAUAUAUAUCUCACUGAUGGAGGGGCCGAGGGACUUGAAGUUAUGUUGGGAAUAGUUCAAAUUGAGACUCAUGAGGUAACAGGUCGUGCUGGAGUAAUGAUUCCUAUACCAGGCUUCAGUAUGUACCAAGCUAGACUACUACAACACAACUCUUAUCAGAUAUUUUACCCUCUUGAUGAAGAUAAUAACUGGGCUUUGAACAUGGCUACACUCAAAAGAGUGUUGGAGGAAGCCAGACCGCAUUGCGUCCCGAGAGCCCUUGUAUUGAUUAAUCCAGGAAACCCAACAGGACAGGUUUUGACUUAUGAAAACAUUGAAGAAAUCAUCAGAUUCUGCGCUCGAGAGAAGUUAGUGUUAUUCGCCGAUGAAGUCUAUCAAGCCAAUAUUCAUGUCGAUGGAGUCAAGUUUCACUCGUGUAAGAAAGUCCUGAGGGAUUUGGGAGCAGAGUACAGUAACUUUCAACUGAUCUCGCUUCAUUCCAGUGCAAAGGGAUAUGCUGGAGAAUGUGGUCUCAGAGGUGGAUAUAUAGAGCUUGUGGGAUUAAGUGAAAAAGUCAAGGCUCGUAUCAAAAUGUACCUCAGUGUAAGAUCUUGCCCCUCAACAGUUGGGCAGGUGAUCAUGGGGCUCAUUUGCAACCCUCCUAAACCAGGAGAUGAAUCCUACGAUCGCUUUUUAAAGGAAAAAGAGACUGUACUGGAUUCUCACAAGAAGAAGGCACAGUUGACAACAGAAAUGCUCAACUCUAUGGAUGGGGUCCAAUGUAAUGAAGUAAGAGGAGCAGUAUACGCGUUUCCGAGGAUCACACUGCCGAAAAAAGCUAUUGAAGAAGCAAAGGCACAAGGAAUGUCUCCUGACGAGUUCUACUGUUGGAGGGCUUUGGAGAAAACAGGAAGCUAUUUGGUGCCAGGCCACUCUUUUGACAUGAACGGGAGCGGUAAUCAUUACUACUUUCGAAUUACCAUUCUUCCUUCAGAAGACAAGUUUAUUCCUAUGUUUGAAAGACUGAAAACUUUUCAUCAAGAUUUUAUGACGCAGUAUAAAGACUAAAAAACCAAACUGUGUUCUGAAGAGUUUGUACUUUGUUCUUGUGUGAGCUUCUCAGUAACUUCAAAUUAAAAGCGAAUUAUAGUUUUUAAUCUAAUAGGGAAAAAUCUUUAGUCUAAGGGCAAUCUAGUCUUGAGAGUACGACGGUUUUCGUAGAGAACUCGGCCGUGUCUAAAGGCUCCCGAAGGCGUCCCGAAAGUUCCGAAACCACCACGUCUAGUGAUGACUGGAGUCGUGACGCCAUUUUCGAAGCACAAAACACGAAGCUAUAAUUGUAACCAAUCAGCAAGUAAUGGUAUGUUCAAAAUAAAGAUAUUCUUUUAUAG